AUGUCUGCGGGAACAGAGCUCGUCUCAGUGGCCCCAUACGACUCCUCUAGUCAAGCAUACUCGCGCGUGAUUCCAAAAGCCUCCCAUCCCUUCGACACGAGGGAGUUCGUGAAUAAGCUUGAGGAAGCUGGGUUUCACCGAGAUCCAGCACAAGCGAUCAUGGAGGCGACGAGAGCUUUGUUGGCAGACAGGAACAAUGCCAUGCUGCAGCGCGCACUCGACAAGACUGAUCUGGAGAAUGAGGCAUAUCUAUUCAGCGCAGCCUUGUCCGAAUUGCGUACGGAAUUACAGGUCAAGGCUCGUAACGAUGCGGCGUCCUUACGAAGCCUGACUACGCUUCUGCAACGCGAAGUUGACAGCAUGAACCAAAAGAUGCGCGAGGACAUAAACACGCUUAAGCAUGACAUCCAAGUUGACAUGAACAACCGCAAAUCCGAAUCCAAGGAAGAGCAAAACCAACUGGAGCAGGAUAUUCAGGAUUUGCACAACCGCUUCACUAUUUCGCUCAGCGACCUCAAGACAGAGAUUGAGCAGAACAUCAAAUGGGAUGCCACACGGCGGUCAUUAGCCCUCGUCUUCGGCAUCGCAGCUAUCCUCAUGACCACAAUCAUGCUCGCUGACUUCUUUACACGACCCGAUGCGGAAGAAUCCGAAAAGAGAAAGAACGGUUCGAUGACUGAUGGAAGCGCAAUAACGGGCGAGACCAAUUUGCCCAAGAAGGCGGAGGAGUUGGGUCUCGUGCCGCAGUAUAUGCAGGAUGGCAGUCGCUUUGUAUAGUGUAGGCGCAUCGCCUGGCCUGUGAUCGCCUCGUGCGGUCCCGCCAAGAGCUUUUGAAUAAUACAUUUCACACUUCCGAUAGGAUGCGUUUUGCAGGAGAUGCUGAUGCGCGUCUAGCGGGAAGUACUCC